AUGUUUCGAAAACUAGGCUCGUCGGGUUCGCUGUGGAAGCCAAAGAAUCCACACUCGCUGGAGUACCUGAAAUAUUUACAAGGCGUUUUGACGAAAAACGAAAAAGUGACAGAGAAUAACAAGAAGAUACUGGUCGAGGCGUUACGAGCGAUUGCUGAGAUUUUGAUUUGGGGCGAUCAGAAUGAUGCCUCUGUGUUUGACUUCUUCCUGGAACGCCAAAUGCUCACACAUUUCCUGAAAAUCAUGGAACAAGGAAUCACACAAUUAAAUGUGCAAUUAUUGCAGACUUUGAACAUUUUAUUCGAGAAUAUUCGACAUGAAACUUCAUUGUAUUUCCUGCUCUCCAACAACCAUGUCAACUCGAUAAUUUCGCACAAAUUCGACCUGCAAAACGAUGAAAUCAUGGCGUAUUACAUCAGUUUUCUGAAGACCCUCUCAUUCAAACUCAAUCCAGCCACUAUUCAUUUUUUCUUCAACGAGACGACUGAGGAGUUCCCAUUGCUGGUCGAAGUGCUCAAAUUAUACAAUUGGAAUGAGUCGAUGGUUCGGAUUGCUGUUAGGAACAUUCUAUUGAAUAUUGUCCGGGUGGAUGAUGAUUCAAUGACCAUUUUUGUCAUUAGACAUAUCAAGGAAUACCUAUCUGAGCUAAUCGAUUCCCUUGUUGCCCUAUCAGUUGAAAUGGAUACAUUCGUCCGAUCGGCAGAGAAUGUGCUAGCGAAUCGAGAGAGAUUACGAGGCAAAGUGGAUGAUCUGAUCGAUUUGAUUCAUUAUAUUGGAGAAUUGCUAGAAGUUGAAGCUGUCGCCGAGACAUUGUCUGUUUUUGUGACAACUCGCUACCUGAGCCCCCUGCUGCUCUCCAGCCUCUCCCCCCGACGGGACAAUCACUCUCUGCUGCUCACUCCAGUCUCCGCCCUCUUCUUCUUCUCGCAAUUCCUUCUGGUGGUCCGUCAUCAUGAGACAAUUCACACCUUCUUAUCAUCAUUCCUAUUUGACAAUCAAAAAACACUGAUGACCCAUUGGAUACGACACGAACAGAACUUUUGUCUCGAGCCAAUCACAAUGGCAUCGGCUGUGGGGGAGAUGGGGGAUCAGAAUUGUGUCUUCUUCGACAAUCUUCUCGAAGCAUUCGACACGUGUCAACUGGACGAUUCGAGAGCAUUCUAUGGACUAAUGCUCAUUUAUUCAAUGUUUCAGAAUAAAGCUGAUGUUGGUGAGCUCCUUUCCGCCGCCAACUUCCCGGUGCUCCAUCGGGAAUCUGGGAGUACAGUGAUCCCAUCGAAUGAGCAAUCAUCGCUGGCCCAACAGAAUCUGGCACGUCUUCGGAGUCUAUCGACGUCGUCACAAGGAAAAAGAACCCGGGCGAUGACGGAAAUUGGAGUGGAAGCGACAGAGGAGGAUGAGAUAUUCCAUGAUGUGCCGGAGGAGAGGAAUUUGAAUCGUCAAUUUCAGUCAAAAUCCUUGAUUUUCCGUCAUUUUUCUCAUUUUCAGCCGGACGAAACUGGCCGCUCCCGAUUCCAAUCGGCUGCCGAUGAGCUCCCGCCUUCUGAAUCCACGACGACGUCUUCUGAAUGCGAUAGCCGGCUAUUCGAUGCCCUAUCUUGUAUUAUUCAAGGCGUGCGCGUUGAUGAGAACAAGAUUCGACCGAUUACGCUGGAAUUGGCUUGUCUGGUGAUUCGACAGAUUUUGAUGACGGUGGAUGAUGAGAAAGUGCACACAAGUCUGACCAAACUAUGCUCGGAGGUUCGUCAAAAGCUUCUCGCCACCAUCGGACAGUAUGUCAACGGAGAGAACCUAUUCCUGGAGUGGUUCGAGGAACAAUAUGCGGAAUUCGAGGUGAACCACGUGAAUUUCGAUAUCAUCGGAUAUGAGAUGCUUCUGCCACCCGCUGCGACGCCCCUGUCGGGGUUAGUACUUCAUAAACGGCUUGCAAGUGGAUUCGAGGAAAGAUUAAGGACGCAAAUCGUGUUCUACCUGCACAUUCGAAAGCUGGAACGAGACUUGACUGGCGAGGGAGACACGGAACUACCAGUGAGAGUGUUCAAUUCAGGACAGGAGCCAGUAGCCGUGGGAGAUUGUAUCAAUCUUCACAACUCAGACCUCCUCUCGUGUACCGUAGUCCCUCAACAACCGUGCUCUAUCGGAAAGCCUGGCGAUCGCCUAGCUCGAUUCCUGGUCACAGAUCGCCUCCAAUUGAUUCUCGUGGAGCCGGACUCUCGAAAAGCCGGCUGGGCGAUUGUUCGAUUCGUUGGGCUGCUUCAGGAUACAACGAUUAAUGGUGAUUCGGCGGAUUCCAAAGUGCUACAUGUGGUUGUAGAGGGGCAACCGAGUCGGCUGAAGAAGAGACAUCCCGUGUUGACUGCCAAAUUGAUUUUUGACGAUCAUAUCAGGUGUAUGGCUGCGAAACAGAGAUUGACUAAGGGUCGUCAAACAGCCCGUGGCCUAAAACUCCAAGCGAUCUGCUCGGCCCUCGGUGUGCCUCGAAUAGACCCAUCGAGAAUGUCUGCGUCUCCCCGGAUGAAUCCAUUUCGAAUUGUUAAAGGAUGCGCUCCGGGAUCUGUACGAAAAACGGUGUCUUCUACGACGACGUCUUCUGGAACGCCUUCUGGAGCUUCUGGACGUCCCGGAUUCUAUUCGUCGAAUUUGAGAUCGGCUUCUCGAGGACCUUCUGGAGCAGGAAUUGGAAUUCCCGAGGAUCCGAGCCAUGGAACGUCAUCGUCU